AGGAAGUAUCGCAUCCAAUUAAUGUUUGCCGACUAAAAAUCCUCCUCAUGACAGUCUCCUCUUGAGGGUCUCAUUCACCAGUCACACCUGCGUUGAGACCAGACGGAGCGUUAUCAUGGCUGGCAGAAGAGUCGUAGUCUUCCCCUCUUCAGCGGAGCUCGGUCCAGCUCUGGCCCAGCUGGUGACAUCUCGGGCGGAUAAAGCCAUCGCUUCUCGUGGCAGGUUUACUCUGGGUCUCUCUGGAGGAAGCCUGGUGUCCAUGCUCAGUAAAGAGCUACUGGCCAUGUCUGACCUGGACUGCAGCAAGUGGGUGGCUGGUUUCUGUGACGAGAGAGUGGUUUCCUUUGAUGAUCCUGACAGCACGUAUGGGCUGUACAAGAAUCAGUUUUUUUCUAAGGUUAACAUCCCUGACAGUGGGAUCUUAGCCAUUGACCCCUCACUUCCUGUGAACGAGUGUGCAGAGGAUUAUACCUGCAAACUGAAGAAGACAUUCCCAGAUGAUGAGUUCCCCAUGUUUGACCUGUUACUGCUGGGUAUGGGUCCUGAUGGACACACCUGUUCCCUCUUCCCGGACCACCCUCUGCUAGAGGAAACUAAGAAGAUUGUUGCUCCCAUAAGCGACUCUCCCAAGCCCCCGCCACAGCGUGUAACCAUGACUUUUCCAGUGGUGAACUCUGCACGCUGUGUGGCUUUUGUGUCAACUGGAGGAAGCAAAGCACCAGUUUUAAAGGAGGUGCUGGAGGGUAGAGAAGGUCCAGCAUUCCCAGCAGCCCGUGUUGUCCCGACUAACGGCGAGCUGUUCUGGCUUGUUGAUGACCCUGCAGCUGCCUCUUUAACUAUCCAGGUGGAGAGGCCGAGCUCAGGGGCCAAACUGUAGAGUUUUCUAUCUACUGAAUAAAGGCAGGAGGGCAAGUGAAUGAAGAAACUUGG